AUGUCUCGCGCUCAGCUCCUCGCCGGUCUUCGCACUGGAGGCCCCCGAUCGAGCUCGCCUUCUGCCGUUGAGGAUGGCAUGUUCCAGGCUCAGCAGAGCACGUCGCCCGUCUCAACUCAAGAUGGUUCCAAAGCCGGCUCGCCGAACACGCUCAAGGCUAACGCUGCGGUCUUUACCCCUGGCCAGCGCGUGAACUCGCCCCAGCGCGAGCAAACCCCACCUCAGAACAAUGGUGCUGAAGGUCAGCAACAGCUUUUGGAGGCUCACUUCGCUGCACUUCGCGUGCAGCAAGCCAUGGCUCUGCAGAACCAGAACAGCCUCGCUGCACUUUACGGUGCGGCCCAGGGACAGCCACAGCAACACUACAACGCUCAGCAGCAGGCGUACGAGGCUCUCGUUCGUCAACACCAGCAACAGGAGGAGAUUCGUCGUCAACAACAGGCAGCUAUCGCUCAGCUCGAGCAGCUCCGCUCUCAGGCUGCCAACAGCCCACAGCAGCAGCAGCGCUUGCUUCUCGCUCAGAUCCACGCCGAGUACGAACGUCAGGCUCAGCUGGCCGCUCUCGCGGAGCAAGUUCAGGCUCAGCAGCUGCAGUCGAGCGCUGCCGAGCAGCGUCAGGCCGCUCAAGCCACGAUCCAGGCCAACCUGCGCAACCGUCAGACUCAGCAAGCCUACACUCAACUGCUCGAGCAGCAGCAGCGCAACCAGCAGCAGGACCAGGACCAAGCUCAAGCUGAAGCUGAGCUCAUGCAGCGUCUCCAGUACAUCCAGAUGCACUAUGCUGCUCAGCAGCAACAGCAGGCUGCUCUUGGUCUCGGACAGACGGCUUCGCCUCCCAUGCGCGCUGCCCAACAGCUCAACCGUGCGGGAUCGCCAUCCGACAAGAACGGCGCUCGUCCGCGUCAGCCAAGCCACGCCGACGCUGCCUCAUCGUGGCGUCAGCGCGCUACCGGUGCCAGCAAUGCCUCUAACCCUUCAAUCGUCGUCGACGAUUCCGCGAGCGAAAUCAGCGCGAAUGGCUCUGCGUCCGAUGUCCACACGCCAGACACGAGUGACGAGGAUGUUCGCGACGGUGCCACGCUCGACAAGGUUCAAGCUGCUGCUGCUGCCAUGACUGCUCGUUACGGUGCGGUCGUGGACAAGCAGAGCAAGUCGGUUCCAAGCGUUCCCCGUGCCAUCUCGUUGACCGCCGCUCCUCGCUCUCGCAACUUCACUGCUGAGGCCAAGAGCGUCGCUAUGAGCAACUCAGGUAGCGGCAGCAAUGGCGGUCUGGCUGCUCCUACCCAGCCAGCUCGUCAGCCACGCGGACCUCCAACCGACUUCCAGCCAGUCAACUUCGCCUCGAGGAUUUCGGCGCGCACCCGCAAGGAAGCCAUGAGCCGUCUCUGCGCUAGCCCUCGCGCCGCCAGCUUCAGUCAGCGUGUCGUCUCGGUCGCCUAAGACGUUCAUGCGCUCAUUGCCCGUGGAUGAUAAAGUGCGGCCGAAGUACACUAUCGCGAGUGACGCUCCUAGCUCUCUCGUCUCCCGCUGUUCCUUUUCCUGGCUCUGUCCUCGUCUCUCGAUGUCCUUGUGUACGUGCACACCCUCAUUCGAUCGUAUCCUUUUUCUCACAAAUAUACAACGUUCCGUCGCAUAAGGAGACUGAAACCGCUCGUCUUUGAGCAAGAAGCCCAUCCUUUCCGACGCUCCAUACAGCGCAGUCUCGGUCCCUCGUCAUCCUCGUCGAAUCAUCCACAAACAAAGUCGUCUGGGCCAAUUCUCGAACGGCGCUUUGUGCUCGGUGGUCUCCCCACUCCCCUUUGCCCACGCACACAGACGACUCUUUCCCGCACUCGUCCUUCUCUCUUGCUCUCUUGAUCGUCGAGCUGUCGUGCUGAUUUACAUCCGAA